CUGAGCAGGCGGCGCCAUCAUGGGGGUCGACAUCCGCCACAACAAGGACCGAAAGGUUCGGCGCAAGGAGCCCAAGAGCCAGGACAUCUACCUAAGACUGUUGGUCAAGCUGUACAGGUUUCUGGCCAGACGAACCAACUCCACCUUCAACCAAGUAGUGCUGAAGAGGUUAUUCAUGAGUCGCACCAAUCGGCCCCCCCUGUCCCUUUCCCGGAUGAUCCGGAAGAUGAAGCUGCCUGGCCGGGAAAACAAAACAGCUGUGGUUGUGGGGACUAUAACCGAUGACGUGCGUGUCCAGGAGGUGCCCAAACUGAAGGUGUGUGCCCUGCGUGUGAGCAGUCGUGCCCGGAGCCGCAUCCUCAAGGCGGGGGGCAAGAUCCUCACCUUCGACCAGCUGGCCCUGGACUCCCCGAAGGGCUGUGGCACCGUCCUGCUCUCUGGUCCUCGCAAGGGCAGAGAGGUGUACAGGCAUUUCGGCAAGGCCCCGGGAACCCCGCACAGCCACACCAAACCCUACGUGCGCUCCAAGGGCCGGAAGUUCGAGCGCGCCAGAGGCCGACGGGCCAGCCGCGGCUACAAAAACUAACCCCAGAUUCUCCCUCGUUAUUAAAAAGAUUUUGGAUGCUGA